AGAACAGUGCAGAAAAAUGCUGUAUAUUCGUGUUUGUCUGGUAAAAAUUGCCCUAUUGAUAAAAGAAGAAGAAAUCGAUGUCAAUAUUGCAGAUUUGAAAAAUGCCUUCACGUGGGCAUGGUUAAAGAAGUGGUGAGAACGGAUUAUUUGAAAGGAAGGCGGGGCCGGCUUCCAUCAAAAUCCAAAUUAGCUUCAUUCCAACGAGAGGGUUCCCUGUCACCACAGGCAAGUCUGAUCACUCUGCUUGUGCGCGCCCACAUCGACACAUCACCCGAUCUCUCAAGUUUUGAUUAUUCGCAAGUGCGUCCACUCUAUAUUCCAAAAUAUAAAUUUUUUUAA